AUGUUUACUUUCAACGCAAAUCCUGCAAAUAAAAUUCGAAAACUUCUAUUUCCAGCUGGUCGCGUCUACGUUUGGGGAGAACAAGCAGAUGGUAGAUGUGUUCAUCAUCCACAACUCGUCGAAGAACUCAAUGCAAUUCCAAUUAUUCGAGUUCUUGCCGGAGCACGUCAUUGUGUUGCAAUUUCAGCAUCUGGUGCUGUUUUCACUUGGGGACAAAAUAAUUCAGGAGAACUUGGGAUGGAUGACUUGAAGCCUCAAACAUCCGUGCAUCAUGUUCAUCAAAUGGAUGGUCUCGGUGUCGUUGAAGCUGCAUGUGGAGACACUCACACUAUUCUUCUAACUCAUUGUGGACGUACGUUCUCAUUUGGUUCUGAUGCUCUUGGUCAGUGUGGAUUCGGAAAGAAGUGA